GUUUAGCACUUUGCAACAUGAUCCAGGGAGAGGCAGGGCUCUGCGGCGCCGCGUCCUGCCCCGCCAGCCCACACAUGGACUCCCGGCGAGAGCCGCAGUAAAGCUGGGGAAUGAUAAAGACGUGAGCUCUGCGAUCCUGCUCCUCACACACACGGCUGCAUGAAUGAGCCCACACGAAGCAGAGACAGACAUGAGGGUGACGGGAAUCGCUGCCUACUGCGGUCUGCGUCAAACCUCCGGCUCCUCCAGGAGAUGAUGACCUCUGUGCCUCUUAUCAAAGGACUUUUGGGGGUUUUUGUGUGAUACUUAUGCUGCUAAACAGCCAGCAGGGCCGGCGAUGGUCCCCCCCAUCUUCAUCACCACUCCUCUCAGCAUCUGCAUUGUGAGGAGAAACGUCCUGCGGGAGUGGGGAUUUUGAAGGAGGUCAAUUUGCUGUAUUAGGGCCAUAGUUGGAUUAUCAUUUGGUUUUUUUUGCGUUGUUAUUAUUAUUGUCAUUACUUUUGCUGUCAACAUGAGUUCGCUGUUUUAUUCCGACACCCCGCCCGGGCCGGUGACCAGCGCCCUGCGCAACGACCUGGGCUCCAACAUCCACGUGCUGAAGACGCUCAACCUGCGCUUCCGCUGCUUCCUCGCCAAAGUGCACGAGCUGGAGCGGAGGAACCAGCUGCUGGAGAGCCAGCUGCAGCAAGCCCUGCAGCGGCCGCAGUACCAGCCCUUCACCCGGGACGUGGCCGUGCAGACGGACGGACCCGAGUCCCGGCUGCCCGGCACCAUCUGGAGCUUCACGCACGUCCGCCGGCACGGGGAGCGGCUGGAGACGCUCCGCGGGCCCGGCGUCACCUGGACGCACCCGGACGGAGUCGGGGUGCAGAUCGACACCAUCACCCCAGAAGUGAGGGCUCUGUACAACGUGCUGGCCAAAGUGAAGAGGGAGAGGGACGAGUACAGGAGAAAAUGGGAGGAGGAGCUGUCCAAGCGGCAGCAGCUGGAGUCUGCGGUGGAAUCUCUGCAGCAGGGUGCCCGUAAAUCAUCAGCGGUUCAGGAUGAGCUCAACGAGAAGGUGGACAGACUGAAGGCUGAACUCGUGGUCUUCAAGAGCCUGAUGGGUGACCAAAUGUCCGACCUGGACUGCAAGAUCCAGGAGAAAGCCAGGCGGGUGGACAUGGACAUCUGCAGACGGAUCGACAUCACGGCCAAGCUGUGUGACGUUGCUCAGCAACGCAACUCGGAGGACAUGUCCAAAAUGUUCAACGUCAGCCCCGCAAGGUCGCUCCCAGAAAAGGGCGCCAUGGCGUGCUGCAGGAAAAAAGAGCGCAAAGCUGUGUCUGAUGAGGAGAACUCGGAGAUGGAUGCCGACCCGAGCACUUCGGAGGACGAGCCUCCAGGAUCACUCAACAUCACGGAUGAGAUGAAACGCAUGCUCAGUCAGCUACAUUCCUCAGAUAACUCCUUUGUUGCCAGGCGCGAGACAUUCGAAAUCGACGAUGACUGUGACAGUCUGACGUGGGAGGAAAACGAGGAGACUCUCCUGCUGUGGGAGGACUUCGCAAACUACAAUGUUCCAUCCAACAUUGCCGCGACCAACUGCACAGCCGUGUCCCCCCGUGACGGCAGCAGCGCAGCACCGGAUCCAGUGAGUUCUGCCUGCACGAACACGGAUUCCCAGGAUGGAAGUCUUGGCAGCCUCAUUGAUGAAACAGAGUCACUAUUUAAGAACAGAGAGCAGGAGUACCAGGAGACCAUCGGCCAGAUAGAGAUGGAACUGGCAACGGCAAAGAGCGACAUGAACCGUCAUCUGCACGAGUACAUGGAGAUGUGCAGCAUGAAGAGAGGCCUUGACGUGCAGAUGGAGACCUGUCGGCGGAUGAUAAAAGGUGGCAGGAACUCUCCUUCUUUCAGCUCUGUGGCCAGCAGUGACUCAGGGAACACAGACGAGAUCCAGGACGAGAUCUCCGACAAGGAUACAGACGCUGAAGUCCCCGUUAGUUGAUGGCCGUACAGCCGGGCUCUGUCCCAUGUCUUCCCCUCUACCCCGACCCCCCCCACCCCGUACAAUCACAGGGGUUGAAAUGUGUAUAGAGCCCCAUCUCACUGUAGGUGGAACAACCUACAUCUGGGCCUGUUUGAGCAAGUAAAGUUUUGGUGCAAAGCCCAGAAUUGGUGCUUUUAUAUUAUUUCUGUUGUUUGGAAGUUGGUGUCGGGUGUAUUUGCUUCAAAAACAGAAAAGGGUGAAUACAGAAACCAAGCUGUGCUCUCUUCCUCACUGCUGCCUCGCUGAAUCCUUGUUCAGGCCUUCGCAUCAUUUUUGUGAGGGGAAAAAUAUAUAUAUAUAUUUUAAACUGGCUGAGAGGUAUUUUUUACCCCUGUUAAGGACCUUUUUAUAAAGGAAUCAGAUACAGUACAUAUUGUACUCUUCUAAAUAAAAUAAAAAAAACACAUCCAUCAUUUGAAUAUUAUUGUAUUUAUAUUAAAUUGCGACAAGUUGUUUCCUCCUCAAUUAGAAUACGGUCUUGUUUUUGUUAUUUGAGUCCAGGUGUGGUAUUUGCAGUCCAGAUGGGUUUAAAGUGAGAAAAGAGACAUGAGAAAGAAGAGGAAACAAAUAGUGUUGGAAUUUUGGUAGUAACUGAGGGAAACCUGCAGGUUUGCCAAAGCUGACCGAGGAAAGGAGCACAGCGUCUUCAUGUAUCGGUGCACUACUGACAUUCUAUGCAAUUUAGAUGGCCUUUUUGUUUGGACUGGCCAUCACCCUCGCGAGUUUCUCCUAAAGUCAUCAGCCUUUCAAGCAAAGCAGGUGUUUUUUUUUUUUUUAAAUGUUCAUUUCAUAGUCUUAUGAUAAUCUUUGUCAGGAGAUGUUUUUUCUCUUUUUAAUUGAACAUGAAGUGGAACAGUGGCCCACUCAAUUCUGUUAAUUUAUGGCAAUAAUCUAAGUGUUUGUCCUGAUUCAGCUGUAAUAUCAGUGAGGAAAUCUCUCAUGCUUUGCAGUUUAUUUGUGCACAUCAGCUCAAAUCGUUUGAAAUGGACCACGUUGAGGAGUUGUACUUAAAGAAGAACCUUAAUCAAAUGAAUGACAAAUUUAACUCAAAGCCAAACAACUCCCUUCAACCAUUUAAGCAAAACCAAAGGACACAUUUUAAAAAGCUUCUCUUUAAUCAUUAAUCAUUAUAUAAUCAUUUUUGUACAUUUUACUUUGAGUAAAACUUUUUUUGUGAUGCAUAGUCUCAGUAUAGAUUGUUAUAUUUAUGAUUGUAGACCAUUUUCUGCUGUCCUGCAGGGGGACUGUGUUUUUAGGACAGGCACCUCUCCAUUUUUAUUUUCUUCCAAACUGGGUUAAAGAUGUCAGACUGUACAUAGAGGGCUGUAAGCAUGUGAUCGUAUAUACCCCAGAGGCCUUGUGUUUAUAUUUUGCGACAGUCCAAGAACCUAUUGAGGCAGGGGAAAGGGAGUGUGAGUGAUCUUUUUAUCACCUCUUUGUAUUAUAACUGUAUGUACAGUUUGCUGGAUCAAAGACUAAGUGCUGCUUCUGUCAGAGAGCAGAGCAUUAAAAUAAAGGCCUUCUGUUAAAGCAUGCAGGUGGGAGGAUGAAAAGAUAACAGUUCUUUUUAUGGCACUAUAUUUUCAACUAAAAAGCUACAAUACAGACUGUGCGCUACGUUUUUAAUCAAAACUGUGUCUAACCUAAUCACUACAUAUUUGCACUUGAGGCAGAAAGUGUUUUUUUCCUUCUUCCCAGUUUUCAACCACUCGGUGUUAACCAAAAACUGUCGGCUUGUAUUAAUCCAGCGGGAGGGGCUACAUUUUUUUCUGUCCAUUUACUGAUCGCCUGCUUCAAUAGAACCAAUUAUAAUUAUCAGACAAGAGUGAGGAGCAGCAGGAAUUCAUGUUUAACUUUUUAUCUUUGAGUUGAUAUAAAACCAGCCAGAUAGGUAUCAAAGAGCCAUACUUUUAUGGGUACUGAACUCUGCGGCGGUGACAUCACAUGUUAUUUAACGACUUUAUGGCUGCAUCAUCCCGGAGCAGGGGGUCUGCUGUCGCUCACACCUCUCCGACCAUCACACUAACCAGCCGACCAAAGCAAAUGUGCACAGCGAUGGGACACAGGUGUAAUUCCAGCUAUGAAACCUACUAACUCUGGAGACAUCUGUGCAGUCUCUGUGCAACUUCUUUUCUUCAUUUAUAGGAAUGCAUACCUUCCCAGUAUCCAUAAUUAACUCUUCAAGUGUAUCAUCUGUAGUCUCCCACGUCACGAAGCAGGUUUCAUCGAUGUCUGUUGAAAAUGCUGCAGCAGCUCAGUUUGUGGAAUGUAGCUCGACUGGAGGCAUCCUCUAAACACUUAACACGUGAAAGCUGAGCAAAAACACGUCGCUGUUAAAAACCCAGGGAUACAUGGUGCGCUGUGGCCUGCUGACCUUGGUGUGUUUUGCUUUACUUUAAAAAAGAAAAUAGUUCUCACUCUGACCACUUAACAGUCUGCGAUAUACACGUAUGUAAACCAAGUCCUGUUGGAUGUGAAUGUUUCAUACAAAAAAAAUGGUUUUAUACAAGCUUUUCUCUUCUUUCUUUUUUAUCUGUAACACAUUGGUAUCAUAUGGUUGAGUUAAACUGUUUUCCACGUCUGCUGUCAACAUCACCGUCACUCUUCAUUUCAGAAACUUUACAGGGAGGCAAAAGCUGCAGCAAUAUUUAGUUAAAAGCUGCUGAGUCACAUCAGAAACUGGUUUUGGCAUUUAAACUGCCUCGCAGGUUCCUGUUCACUUCGAGUGGCUGAUUUAUCUGCCUUUAUUUAAAUUCUUUCUCUUGUCGUUAGGUUUGUAAGUUUUAUUAUUUUUGGUUUAAGCUAUUCAUAAAAUGUAUCCAUGUGGGUGUAGGACAGAAUUAGUUUCAACUUUAUGAAUGUACUCAAUUGAUAUUGGGGUGAAAUGAAAUAAAGUGGAUUUUUUUUCCAAAAUAAAA